CUUAGAGUUGUAUCGUAACAACGUCUGCUUGAAUCCCCCUCUGAGCUCAAUGAACCGCAUAUUUGGAACGUCGGCAUCGAAGAAACCCAAGCCCUCCCUGCAGGAUGCAAUUGCCUCAACAGAUGCUAGGAUUGCCUUAAUUGAGGUAAAGGUCAAAAAACUAGACGGGGAACUCGCGAGGUACAAGGAUCAAAUGAGUAAACUGAGGAAUGGGCCAGGGAAGAAUGCGAUCCAACAACGGGCACUUCGUACGUUAAAGCAAAAGCGGAUGUAUGAGUCGCAACUAGCUCAAUUGGCUCAACAAACGUUCAAUAUGGAGAGCGCAGCGCUGACUACGGAAAAUAUGCGCAAUACGAUGGCCACUGUCGAUGCCCUACAAGCUUCGAAUAAGGAAAUCAAGAAACAAUAUGGGAAGAUCAACAUUGAUAAGAUUGAGGAUAUGCAUGACGAAAUGGAGGACAUGCUCGAGCGCGCCAACGAGAUCCAAGAGUCCCUUGGUCGUUCUUAUGCUGUGCCAGAUGAGUUGGACGAGGAUGAUCUAGAAGCUGAAUUGGAUGCUUUGCAGUUUGAGGAAGAGGAGGAAGGAACAUCAUAUCUCGCUGAUAUCAACAAGGUUCCGGACUUCAUUGACGAGCCUCCAGUAGAACUUUCCGAGACACCUACACACGAAGCUAUGAAAGCUACUGGCUAGUAUGGACAUUAUGUAACACUAGAUG